UCGCUCGCUCUCGCGGCCGACUGGGGCGGCGACUCCGGGCGCCGGAGAGAGAGAAGGACGGAGGGACGGAGACGCCGAGAGGCAGCGUCGGCCCCCGCGCCCCGCUCUGCCGCCGGACCCGCGCUGCGAGGAGGUCCGACCUCGGUGCCCGGCGCUGCCGGCGGCGCCUCCAGUCGCGGCGUUACGGGGCGGAGGCCGUGUUUGAACGCAGCGCGCUGGGUUUGCUCUCUCCCGAGCUUGGCACCCGCCGGAGCUGCUCGUGCGUCUGCCGUCGGCCUGCUCGGCUGUCUGUCUGCCCGCCCACCGCCAGAUCGGUCCUCCGUCCUGGCCUCUCGGGGCCCCAGGUGCUGCGAGGGGCGAUGAAGAGCGCGGCGGGGCCGUGGAGCACGGGGCAGGGCGCGCGGGGCGCGCGGAGCGCGCGGGGCGGCGCCGGCCCAUGAGGCUUCCCAGCACGGGGCGCAGCAGCGCGCGCGGGCCAUGGGGGGCAGCCUGCGGGUGGCCGUGCUGGGCGCCCCCGGCGUGGGCAAGACAGCCAUCAUCCGCCAGUUCCUUUUCGGUGACUACCCCGAGCGCCACCGUCCCACGGACGGGCCGCGCCUCUACCGGCCCGCGGUGCUGCUCGACGGCGCUGUCUACGACCUGAGUAUCCGCGACGGCGAUGGUGCUGGCCCCGGUCAGAGCCCCGGGGGUCUAGAGGAGUGGCCAGACCCUAAGGAUUGGAACUUGCAGGACACGGACGCCUUUGUGCUAGUCUAUGACAUCUGCAGCCCGGACAGCUUUGACUACGUGAAGACGCUGCGGCAGCGCAUCGCGGAGACCAGGCCGGCAGGCGCACCCGAGGCGCCCAUCCUUGUGGUGGGCAACAAGCGGGAUCGGCAGCGGCUGCGCUUCGGCCCUCGGCGCACACUGGCCGCCCUGGUGCGCAGGGGCUGGCGCUGCGGCUACCUCGAGUGCUCCGCCAAGUACAAUUGGCACGUGCUGCGUCUCUUCCGCGAGCUGCUGCGCUGCGCUCUGGUGCGCGCACGCCCUGCGCACCCGGCUCUGCGCCUGCAGGGGGCGCUGCAUCCGGCGCGCUGCAGCCUCAUGUGACCGAAUUGGACGCUGCCGCCAAUUGCGGGGGGGCCUCCAUUUGACUGGAACAACCGGGGACCCGGAUUGGAUGAGAUUGCCCAACUUCUGUCGGGAUUGGACAGGACAGACUCUCCUCCCUGAUUGGCUGAGGAACGCUCCCACCCAGUCACCUGGGCGACAGACCUCUUUCUGAAUUUCAUUGGACACAGCCAGGCCCCAAGCCCCAUUGGACAAGAUUAGUCCUUCCUGGGGUUUCAUUGGGUCAUGAUCCGAUUGGAUGGAGGGGCUUGGCUAUGAACGUGAUUGGAAAGUCGCAGACUGCUCUUGGAGUUUCACUGGACGAACUGUUAAGUCACACCUCUCAGGAGGUAAUAAAAGGGUAAACAAUUCAAGUGC